AGAAGAUGAUCAAGAAAUGCUAAAAAGGUUUCAAUGUCUGACCUUGGACGGCAUAAGAAAAAGAGUUUAUCAGUUGAAGGACAUGACCACGAAAUUUGCCAAAAAAGUCUUUCCAGGUUGGUAAAUACUGUACUUAUAGCAGCAAACCUCGAAACACUACAAUAUAGUAAAAGUUAUGAAACCACUCUAGCUUGCUCGCCUAAGGCUAAGGUAUUUAAAUUAAAUGCACGUUAAAUGUUUGGUAAAGUGAGUUUAUACUAAUUGCAGUAAGUUUAAAAAGACCAGGAACUUUUAGUAAAUUUUGUGCCUUGCAAUGGCCUGUUUCUAAAACUUUCAUAAGUUAUUUGAAAAACUGUAGCUGAUCAACUAGAUAUAAAACUAUGCCUCAACAAUUUUUAUAACUUUACGAAAGCAUGCAUGAUAGUAGAUUAUCGAACAAAAUAAUUUUAAUUUUUUUACAUUGCGUUGGUUCAAUAUCACACCGCGGUCACAAGUUUAAUUUAUCUUCUAUCUGCGUUUUAGUUAAAAGAAGCUUGAAAUUCGUUCCCGAAGAUUUUGCUGAACGAUUCGGCGUAUGGAGAAAAUACUCCAGCGAAGUUACUCUGACAAGAAAGGCUUUGCAAUGUUUGAUAAAUCAUGGUCUGGAAAUGUUGACAUUGCCAUUGGUCCUGCUCCAGCUGAAGUUAUGUGUGACAUAUUUGUCAUGAGUCGUACCGGCAUGCCUCGAAUGAUAACCCUAGCUAGAGAAUUUUCGGAAAAGGUGAAGAAGUACAACCUUAAUCUUGCGAAGAAGUUGAAGUUCGCUCUUGUCAGCAAAGGCGGUUGUCUUGAAUGUUUUGGUGUUGAUGCUCAGGUCAUUCUAUUGAAUGAUAUCAACGACGAAAUGAAACUUCCUCCUCCCAAUGUUAGUUAUCCUCCUGCGUAUAAUAUGACACCGCAGCGAUUUACCAAAAUUCGAGAGGCCCUCGUUGUAGUCCUUGCCGCCUUUGAAUCCUCUUCCUUUAACCCAACUGUUGGUGUUAGUUUUCUGUAUGUCCUAACCCCGGAACAAUACGACAUCAGUAUAAGGGAAGAUCCAUUCGUUGUUGUAUCGGCACCACCUGGCACUGGAAAAACUGUCGUUGCCAUGGAAAGGAUCAAACGAUUGCGAACAAAAGGUGUUUCCAAAAAUGAAAUCCUGUACAUUUGUGAAAAUAAAUCAUUGGCUUCUUUUGUCUGGUAGGUAAUUUUUCUAGCUUCUUUUUAUUACGUCUUUGUCAUUUUUCUCUCAACUGGGCUUCACGACAACGAAAGUCCGAAUUGCUCACUUACUUGAAUCAUGCAUGUUUAUUACAUUAUUUCUGUGUAUGAUAUUGAUGGUUGCAAUGUUGACAUUAUUGACACUAGCACACACGUGACUAGAAAGUUAGUUAAGUAUUUUAGAAGCACGAGGCUAGGGAACCAGGAAGUAAUUGGAUACGUACUAUGCUGAUUGUACAAGUUGUUUGAUAUCUAUUGUUAUACUUAAAAGUGCUUGAUAUUGAUACAAAACCACGAACAUUACAUUGGCGACGAGGUAAACAAACAAACAAAAAAAAAACAGCUAUCGUUUAUCAAUACAAACGAUUUUGAAAUCUCUAGUUUACGAAUACAGUCAUGGCGACUGGCCGAAUCAAUGUAGCGCCAAUGGCGCCAUUUGAUCCUAUGUCCGAUCCAAACUCUCUCAGUCAGCGCUGGAAAAAGUGGAAACGACGAUUUGAAACAUAUCUUGUUGCUCUGAAUGUGACUGAAAAGAAACAAAAGCGGGCUCUCUUGUUGUACCAAGCUGGCCAAGAGACUCAGGAUAUUUUUUAUACCCUUGUUGACAUCGGCGAAGACGACGACUAUGAUUCCGCUAUCGCUGCCCUCGAUACGUAUUUUUCACCUAAAAAACAUGUCGAUUUUGAAAUUUUUAAGUUUCGUGAAGCCAAACAACAACCACAUGAAACAAUCGAUCAGUUUUCAACUCGUCUUAGGAAGCUGGCGGCAACCUGUGACUUCGAAAAUAUCGACAAGGAGGUAAAAUCGGCCAUAAUUCAAAACUGUUUAUCGAAACGUCUACGACGCUACGCCCUGCUUGACUCGGAAGUUACGCUAGCCAAGAUUCUCGCAAAAGGCAGAGCUUUUGAACUCAGUGAAUCGCAGGCAACCGGCAUUGAAAACGCACUUGACUCAACACAUAUUUCUGACGAAGUAGUUGAAGCUGUCCAUCCUACAACGAAACACAACAACCAUCGUGAUAAACAACAUACAUCGUUUCACCGCCAAGACUUUUACACCUCAUCAGAGUGUCGGAAUUGUGGGGGGCCCUGGCCCCAUAACAACAACAUUUGUCCCGCGAAAGGAAAAUCUUGUCUGAACUGUGGAAAAUCAAACCAUUUUGCGAAAGUCUGUCGUAGUGCUCGCAAGGCUCGCGUCGGUCAACAAGAGAAUCGAAGGCCUUCAAAAAAAUACCACAAAAACAAAGUUCACAAGAUUUAUGGCAAACCCUCCAGCAGUGAAAGCAGUAGCGAGGAUGAAUUCAUUUUUACUCUGAAACCGACAUGUAGAGACAAAACAACUCCACAGGUUCAAAUCUCGGUCAACACAACCCCUAUCAACAUGGUUAUCGACACUGGUGCUUCCAUCGACAUCAUCGAUGAACUUGCUUUCAACACCUUGCAAAAACAGAGACCCAUAGCCCUUCAACGUUCCAAAACACGUAUUUUUGCAUAUGGAGCUACAAACCAGCUACCUGUUAUGGGACAAUUUCGUGCAACUCUAGAAUGUUUGACUGGUGCAACAACCACGCAAGUUCAUGUUAUCAAAGGAAAUUUUGGUUGUUUGCCAAGCUAUCAAACGGCAUCUGCUUUGGGUCUAAUCAUGCUGAAUGUUAACAAUGUGAAACCGGAACAUGCCACCCAUGAACAACUGAUGAAAGAGUAUGCCCAUCUGUUCAACGGAAUUGGCACUCUUAAAAAAUUUGAAGUUAAAUUGCACAUUGAUGAUACUGUCCCUCCAGUAGCACAAACCCCGUCGUAUUCCUUUCCACAUGCGGCAAAAGGUCUCAGAUGCGCUCGACACGUUAGAAAGUGAUGGAAUUAUUGAAAAAGUAUCAGAUGCCACUCCUUGGGUCAGUCCAUUAGUUGUUAUCCCAAAGAAAGAUGGUGAGAUCAGGCUAUGCAUUGAUAUGCGCAUGGCUAAUCAGGCAAUUCAACGCGAAAGACAUCCGACCCCAACUGUGGAUGAUUUAAUUCACAAAUUAAACGGCGCCACCAUAUUUACAAAGCUUGAUCUUCGCUCGGGAUACCACCAGUUAUCUCUCGCUGAGGAAAGUCGACACAUAACCACAUAAGUUGAAUUUUGGCACCAAUUCGGCAAGUGAAAUCUUCCAACAUGUAAUUAGCGAACAAAUCCGUGACAUUCCGAAUGCCAUCAACAUUAGUGAUGACAUAAUUAUCUUUGGCAUAACCCAAGCUGAGCAUGACAAAGCUCUUCAUGAAAUUUUUGAGCGGGUUUCACUCAUUGGAUUAACCUUCAACAAAGACAAAUGUGAGUUCAGUCAAUCGCAGCUCACAUUUUUUGGUUUUGUCUUCUCAGGUGAUGGCAUUUCACCGGAUCCAGCGAAGGUUUCAGCAAUUCACAACUGCCCACCUCCAAAUUCAAUUAAAGCUGUUCGGAGUUUCCUUGGGAUGGUGACAUAUUGUGCGAAAUUUAUCCCUAAUUUCAGUGAUCUCACAGAGCCUUUGCGAGAAUUAACGAGAAAAAAUGUGCGUUUUUGCUGGACAUCUAGGCAUGCUAAAUCCUUCAACGCAGUAAAAGCUGCCCUCACAAGUGCAACAGUUAUGGCAUAUUUUGAUCAAACCAAGGAAACAGAACUUAUCACUGAUGCAUCACUUUUUGGUCUCUCAGCUAUUCUGACACAGAAAGUCCCAGGAUCAGACCAACGAAAUGUUGUUGCAUAUAUCAGUCGUUCGCUGUCGGAUGUUGAGAGACGAUACUGUCAAACAGAGCGAGAAGCUCUUGCAAUUGUGUGGGCAAUUAAACGUUUACAUAUCUAUCUAUACGGAGGACAUUUUACUCUGAUAACUGAUUGCAAACCAGUCGAGUUGAUUUUAAAUAAUCCACAAUCAAGACCUCCAGCCAGAAUUGAGAGAUGGAAUUUACGCUUGCAAGAUUAUGACUUUAAUGUACGGUAUACAAAGGGACUUGACAAUCCAUCAGAUUUCCUAUCUCGACAUUUACCUGUUAACAAUACCACUGAUGACAGACAGUUCCAAACAAUGGCUGACAAUUAUGUUUGUUUCCUUACCCAACAUGCUGUGCCAAGAGCAAUGACUCUGCCUGAAAUACAACAAGCCACCAUGUCUGAUUCAACAUUACAGAUCCUAAGCAACCUCAUCACAACAGGUAAAUGGCAUUUAAGAGACUCUCUAGACGUACAAUCCAAUCCCAAUGUAAAGGUUUUGGACUUGAAAGCAUGUGAGAAAAUUAAAACAGAACUUACACUAAACGAGCAUGAUGGAAUUAUAUUACGAGGCUCGCGAAUUGUGCUUCCAGAAAGCCUUAGACUAAAGGCUGUUCAAAUUGCUCAUGAAGGCCACCAAGGGCUAGUAAAAACUAAACAGUUGUUGCGAGAGAAGGUUUGGUAUCCAGGUAUAGACAAGCUUGCUAAGCACACAGUGGAUACUUGUUUGUUAUGUCAGGCAAAUGGACCAAACAGUCACCAAGAACCACUGCGAAUGACGAUGCUGCCUCCCCAACCCUGGCAUACAGUGAACAUUGAUUUUUGUGGACCAUUUCUAGGUGGUUCAUAUCUGUUAGUGAUUAUUGAUGCAUAUUCACGAUUUCCAGAGGUGGAAAUUGUAAGUUCAACAUCUGCAAAAUCAACAAUAUUGAAACUUGAACGAAUUUUAGCCAAACAUGGUAUUCCAAAGGUGUUAAAGAGUGAUAACGGUCCACCAUUCCAGAGCCAUGAAUUUAGUCUGUACUUGAAAGAACUCGGCAUUAAACAUAAACCAAGCUCACCAUUAUGGCCCCAAGGAAAUGGACAAGCCGAGAACUUUAUGAAACCACUUGUAAAGGCUGUGAAAUCUGCCCAUCAUGAAAACAAAGAUUGGAAACGUGAAAUGUUUAAAUUUUUGCUCAACUACAGAGCUACCCCCCAUUCCACCACUGGCAAGUCACCGUCCGAGUUGCUAUACAACCGUAAGAUUCAAACAAAAUUACCUCAAGUGACAGUCGAAAAUGAUUCUUCACUUCAUCAAGAGGUGAAGGAGAGAGAUGAAAGGUUGAAAAAGAACCAAAAAGAAUAUGCUGAUUCCAAAAGAAGAGUUAAGUGUGCUGACAUCAAGAAAAGUGAUUUAGUUUUGGUGCGGCAACCGAAAUCAAAUAAAAUGUCCACAAAAUACGAUCCAAUACCAUAUGAAGUCACAAAUCGCCGUGGGAACAGGAUCACAGCAAUUAGGAAUGGGAAAUAUAUAACUCGGAACAUUUCGUUCUUUAAAAAGUAUCACCCCAGACAUGGCAGAUCGUUGGAGUCAACAGAGAUAAUGGAUGAAGAAAAUUAUUCCUCAGAUGAAGAUGUCCACGAAGAGCAUGAACAGUAUGAUGGACUGAGACAGAAUAAUCGUCCGCGGCAGAACAAUGGUCAGAGACAAGAUGAUGGUCCGAGAUAUCCGGCGAGAGAAAGACGGGUGUACAGAUAUGGAAAUAACAUUUAUGAUUGA